GCAUUUCCUGCAUAUUAAGGGAGUCAUACCAAGUGGGAUUUUAAAAGUGUUUAAUUACUAAGAAACUAUAACAGUAUUAUAGGGUUAUACAUAACCAUUUCAAAUUCAAAGGUUUACCAAUUGUAUAUCAUUACAUCAGAUGGUAGAGAGGAUAAAUAACGACGUUAUAAUAGAAAAUAAUAAAACCAACAAUGAUGCUAUAACCACAACUACAACUCCAAAAUCUCCAUUAUCUCCCUUGAGAUUAUCAGUACCUAAUUUUGAAAUAAAUUCAAGUAAGAAACCAUCAUCAUCUUCACAAACCACAAAGAAUGACAAUGAUAAUACGAAUGAAAAUCAAAGUACAAGAUCUCCCCGAACCCAUCGUCUGUCGAAUGCCCCGUUUAUUCCCAGAAGACGACUGAAAGAUGGAUUUGAUUUGGAUUUCAAUAUACCUCAAAUCGUUAUUGAUGAUGAUAACGACGAAGAAACAAAAAGAAUACCCAUCAUAAAAGAAGAAGGCAUAGUAGGAGGAGGAGAGAACAAAACAGUAAAACCAACUGACACCAAAUCAACCAAACCAGUUCCAACUAAAGCUGAUGUCAAAAAGAUUGGUGAAUUAUCAUCAUUAUUUUUAGAUACCCGAAAACUGCUUCAAUAUGAUUUUAAUGUAGCAGAUUCAAUCAAGCAUAAAGAAGGACCCGAUCCAACUCAUGAACAUAAAAUUAAAAUCUCCAAAGUAUCAUUAGCUCGAGCUGAGAAAGUAAGAUCCAUGAUGGGAGUUAAAUAUUUCCAUAUUCAAAGAAUGUAUGAAGCUUCUUUAGCUCAUCCUGGUCAUAUGAAUUUACAUCCUGGUGUGGAAGGAGUUUAUAAUCCAAUACAAAUCAUCAGAAAUAGAGAAUUAAGAAUCAAAUAUCAUGAUUAUCCCAAGGACUUAUCCAUGAAAUCAAUUCCCUUAGCAUGUAAUGUUUUCAGUAAGAAUAAUGGUGAUUCCGAUCAUCCUUGGAAAUUAAUCUGGGCGAUUGAAUUAAAGGAAUUCUUAGGGGAUUUCACUUUCAGAGCUAAUCAUUGGCAUGAAUUAGUUAAUGCAAAGGGUGAAUUAUGGUUCCCCCCUUCAAAUUCUUCAUCUACAGUAGGGAGUAAUGAUAGUAAAAUUGGACUUGAUUUAAAACAAAGAUUACAUGAUAAGUUAUUCAGUUCAGAAGAAUCGGUAACUAAGAAAACAUCAAAUACAUCAUCAUCGAAAAAACAAAGACGAACUUCAACAGCUACUACUGGUAGUGCUGAUAGCGAUAAAUUAAAAAUUACCAGAACGAAAUCACCUGCAAGUAAACGUAUCAAAGAUAGAGUUAAAAGACAUACGAGGAAGUUUUAUAAUGGAACUUCCUCUUCCGCCACUGAUGAAGAUGAAGCAAAUAUUAUUAAUUAUACCUCUACCAAUAAUAGCUCUAAGGAUCCUAUAAAACAACAAAUGUUUAAGAAAGUAUCGAUAUCUCCUGAAGUUGAAAAUGAUGAAGAUGCAAGUAUGGAGAAUAAUAGUAUUUCGAUUCAUGAAAGUAAGAGUGCCAUUGCGACAUCAGUCCCAUCCUUCCGAGUCGACUCCACCGAAGAUCAGAAUGAAUCGUUAGAUAUCAGUAAUGUAAUGUUCACUCCCAUGGAUAAGAAAGAUAUAACUGUGGAACAUCGUGAAGAUGGGAAAUUAGUUGAACUUGAAAAAUCUGAAACUGAACAUGCCGAAAACGGUGGAGCCAGUCCCGCCCCCUUAGUUCAAGUCACAUCACCACCCCUUGAUGCUAAAGAAUUAGAAUUCCAAGUUAUGUUAAAUGAUUUCACCUAUUUCGAAAGAGUAAUAAACUUAAAAACCAACUACUUAUUAAAAAUAUAUCCCAACUACACCCAUAUCAUCGGGACAAAACUUUCCAACAUCCUUCAUCGAAAAUUAUACACCGUUUUCCAUGCCACCACAAAGAUAAGUGAUGAUUACUUACCUGAAUAUGAAGACUUAUACCAAGGGUUCUCGAAUGAAGUCAAAUCAGUGGCGCACAUGAUUAAUGAUGAUUAUUCGGUCCGGAUCGAUAAUCUCUUGAGUAAUAGUGAUAGAUCCAUUAGUGAGAUUAAUGCCUCUUUGACGCUUGAUUUAAGAAAAAUUAAUGAAAAAUUGGAUAAGUUGGAUAAUUCAUUAUUUGGGAACUCCGUAACUAAUAGAUUAAAGGAAAGUCAUUUAAAAAUUAAAGAUGGGGAUAAUUAUACCAUGUUAUAUUUUUGUUUAGAGAAUUUUAUUGUUAUUUUAUUAAGAAUAGUUUGGAUUAUAGUUAAUCUUUACAAGGGAGUUGAAUUAACUGUUAAAUUUGUUUGGAAAAUAAUUAGAUUUAUAUUAUAUUAAAAACAAUCUUCUAUAAAAUACACGUAUGAUGUUU